GAGAUAAUACAAAUCAUAUACCUCCUCAUUUCCUCAGUGAAUACUGACUGAAACGCAGCCAGAAAUAAAAAAAAAAAUAUAUAGCAAGAGGUAGAGUACCCCCCACUUCGUACCUUCCAAACACAACUCCUAAGCAACCUUACUUCCUCAGAUCAAUCCAUAUUUUAACUCUCUUUGCAGCUAGCAGUACAUAGACGUUAUCACCACUUUCUCUCUAUCUAACCUUGCUCAAUAGAUCGAUUCAAAUUCCAUUCGAUCAACUUCAAAACCUGGUAGCUGAUAUUGCACCAAUGGAGCAAGCACGGUACUGGAUGUGGGCAAAGCGCAAGCACAGUAGCCUGCUGAGUGGUUCUCAAGAAAUUCAGGUGCCUUCCCACGACGAUUCGUCAUGGGAAGAGCAAGCUUUCGCUGAAGAUGCUGCGGGGCCUCUUGGAGGUUGCAUAUGGCCACCGAGAUCUUAUUCCUGCAGCUUCUGCAGGAGAGAGUUUCGCUCGGCUCAAGCUCUGGGCGGCCACAUGAAUGUCCACAGGAGAGACAGAGCUAGACUCAAGCAGUCACCGAAUGACCAAAUUGUCGAAACUGCCCAUCAUCAUCAUGACCUUCAUGAUCAGAUUCAUCCGGAUAUAUCUGUCCAAAUCAAUCCCUUCUCAUCGUCUCUGGGUACUUUUCAUCAAUACCCAUCUCAUCAUCAAGUUUGUGCCUUGGUUUAUAACCCUAAGAGCCCUAGUUCUGGUCCUACCUCAUCCCUUUCUAGGGUUUCGGCUCAACUACCAGGUAAAGAUCAAAUCUAUGGUCAAGAGAAAAUUACCUUGAAUAUCCCAACCUCUAGGUCGUCCUCUGUAUCAUCUCCUCCGUCCAGGUCAUUCUUGACUGCAAAUAGAUGUUAUAAUAGCUCUGUUGCAAGAGAUACAGAAGCUGCAAAGAAGAUCUCGGAAAUUGUGGAAUCUGGGUCAUGUAGGGCUAAUAAUGGUGGUGACUAUGUUGCAACUGAUUUGUCUGUGAGUCUGAAUUUGGUCGUCCGCUGUGCUCGUCCAUCUGUGUCAGCUGGCGGUGAGGAAGACAAAGCUAUGGUUAGCUGCAAGAGAAGAAAAGUAAGGGAGGAGAAGCCUUCAUCCAAAGACUCCUUACCUUCCUUCCUAAAGUCCGAGCGGUUUGAAGUGCUAAGUCGCCCCAGCUCCAUCGAAGAGUUGGAUCUUGAGCUCAGGCUCGGUGACCGGCCUAAGGUAAUCAAAGUAGAUUAAUAGCAGGACCUGAUUGAACAUCAACUGCUGAUAAUCCUGAUAUAUAGACAUAUAUUACAUGACCUUUGAUCUGUUAAUUUGAUCAUGUCGGUUGCAGUUCUUCGUUUCACGUUUGUUAUAAUUGCCUUUGAUCACGAGGCCAAGGCCUCUAUGCUUGAUUUGUUUUGAUCUCUUGGCUUUCUUGAAGUGCUUUAAAAUGAAAUUUUAGGGUGUAACGACGAUGACCAUAACUAUGGGGGAAAGA